AGCCAGCGCCCUGAGUCGGCGCCGGACAUGUGCGUGCGUGUGGCGUAGGACGUCGGAUGAGGAGGCGGGUUUUCUGGCUCUGUCCAAAGCCAUUUCCGUCAGGAGCCGGAAGUCCGUCCUGGAUUGCAUCGGGGGAGGCCUGUUCGUGGACCUGAACCCUGGGGCUGCUGGUCAUCCCGCGCCCGCUGGUUGCCUCAUGGUGCGGGCCGCGACCGCCAGCCCCCGUGCGGAUUGGCGGCGCUAAGGCGCCGGGGCAGCGCGCGACAUGUCGUCGGGCCUCCGCGCCUCCGUCUUCCCCCGCUGGAAGCGCCACAUCUCGGAGGAGUUGAGGCGGCGGGACCGGCUGCAGAGGCAGGCGUUCGAAGAGAUCAUCCUGCAGUAUAACAAGCUGCUGGAAAAGUCAGAUCUUCAUUCAGUGCUGGCCCAUAAGCUACAAGCUGAAAAGCACGACAUACCAAACAGGCAUGAGAUAAGUCCUGGACAUGAUGGUGCAUGGAAUGAUAGUCAGCUGCAAGAAAUGGCCCAGCUGAGGAUUAAACACCAAGAAGAACUGACUGAAUUACACAAGAAACGUGGGGAGUUAGCUCAGUUGGUGAUUGACCUGAAUAACCAAAUGCAGCAGAAGGACAAGGAGAUGCAGAUGAACGAAGCCAAAAUUGCAGAAUGCUUGCAGACCAUCUCUGAUCUCGAGACCGAGUGCCUGGAACUACGCACUAAGCUUCAGGACCUUGAAAGAGCCAACCAGACGCUGAAGGAUGAAUAUGAUGCCCUUCAGAUCACUUUCACUGCCCUGGAGGAGAAACUGAGGAAGACUACUGAGGAGAACCAGGAGCUGGUCACCAGAUGGAUGGCUGAGAAAGCCCAGGAAGCUAAUCGCUUAAACGCGGAGAAUGAGAAGGAUUCGAGGAGGCGGCAAGCCCGGCUGCAGAAGGAGCUCGCAGAAGCAGCAAAGGAACCUCUCCCAGCUGAGCAGGAUGAUGACAUUGAAGUCCUUGUGGAUGAAACCUCCGAUCACGCUGAGGAGGCCUCUCCGGUGCGGGCCGUCAGCAGAGCAGCUGCUAAGCGACUCUCGCAGCCUGCUGGAGGCCUUCUGGAUUCUAUCACUAAUAUCUUUGGGAGGCGCUCUGUGUCUUCCUUUCCAGUUCCCCAGGAUAACGUGGAUACUCAUCCUGGCUCUAGUAGAGAAGUGAGGGUGCCAACGACUGCAAUGUGUGUCUUCGACGCUCAUGAUGGGGAGGUCAAUGCUGUGCAGUUCAGCCCGGGUUCCCGGCUCCUGGCCACGGGAGGCAUGGAUCGGAGGGUGAAGCUCUGGGAAGUGUUCGGAGACAAAUGUGAGUUCAAGGGUUCCCUAUCCGGCAGUAAUGCAGGAAUUACAAGCAUUGAAUUUGAUAGUGCUGGAUCUUACCUCUUAGCAGCGUCAAAUGAUUUCGCAAGCCGCAUCUGGACUGUGGAUGACUAUCGGUUACGGCAUACACUCACGGGACACAGUGGCAAAGUGCUGUCUGCCAAGUUCCUGCUGGACAAUGCGCGUAUUGUUUCUGGAAGUCACGACCGGACCCUCAAACUCUGGGAUCUACGCAGCAAAGUCUGCAUAAAGACGGUAUUUGCUGGAUCCAGCUGCAAUGAUAUUGUCUGCACAGAGCAGUGUGUGAUGAGUGGACAUUUUGACAAGAAAAUUCGUUUCUGGGACAUCCGAUCAGAGAGUAUCGUCCGAGAGAUGGAGCUCUUGGGAAAGAUUACUGCCCUGGACUUAAACCCAGAAAGAACUGAACUCCUCAGCUGCUCCCGAGAUGACCUGCUAAAAAUUAUUGACCUACGAAUAAAUGCUAUCAGACAGACAUUCAGCGCGCCAGGCUUCAAGUGCGGCUCCGACUGGACAAGAGCUGUGUUCAGCCCUGACGGCAGUUACGUGGCAGCAGGCUCGGCCGAGGGCUCUCUCUACAUCUGGAGCGUGCUCUCCGGGAAAGCGGAGAAGGUCCUUUCAGAGCAUCACGGCUCAGCGAUCAACGCCGUGGCCUGGUCGCCUGCUGGCUCCCACGUCGUCAGCGUGGACAAAGGAAGCAAAGCUGUGCUGUGGUCAGAGUACUGA